AGCACAAAUUGGGAAUUUAAGUUGUUACUAUCAUGGAGAGAUUAGUAAAAGUAAAACCAACGAACUCUUUCUGUGUCAGCAAUCCAACUCUGUUACUCUUUGCAUCCAUUUAAUGCUUUUUCCCUUCUUAUUAAAUCACACUCAUUUUGUGCAUAUCCUACCUCUACAAAACCCCUUCCCUUUGCCCCUGCUCUGUUUUACUCUUUGCUUCUCACCAAAGAAUUUCAAUUCCCAACAUGGAUUUCCCUACAAACCAAGCCCUUUCCUUUUGCUCUACUUUGCUCUUCUUCAUAUCCUUUGCCUCCUUCUCCUCCGUAACAACAGCUGUGGACUACACAUCCUUGGUUUACAAGGGAUGUGCUAAUCAAAAGUUCCAAGACUCAACUGGGGCUUACACCCAGAACCUCAAAACUCUAUUCAGCUCUCUAGUCUCUUCAGCCCAGCAGCAAAAGACCUUCUUCACCACCACCUCUGGUGACUCCCCAAAUGCAAUCAUGGGUCUCUACCAGUGCAGAGGAGACCUCUCCCCAGCUGAUUGCUCCACCUGUGUCUCAAAACUUCCAUCUUUAACCCAAAAGCUCUGUGGAGAAGCCAUAGCAGCUAGAGUCCACCUCAGUGGGUGCUACUUGCGCUAUGAAAUCUCUGGGUUGAAGCAGGUUUCAGGGACACAGCUGCUCUACAAGAUAUGUAAGUCGAGCAAGGCUGGUGGGUCUGGUGAGUUUGAAGAGAAAAGAGACUCUGCUUUUGAGAAAUUGGAGAGUGGGAUCAAGAGCACUACUUUCUACACUGGGAGUUAUGAGUCUGUUUAUGUUUUGGGCCAGUGUGAGGGUGAUUUGAGCAACAGUGACUGUGGGGAUUGUAUCAAAAGUGCUUCUGAAAAAGCUAAUACAGAGUGCGGUGAUUCAGCUUCUGGGCAGAUUUACCAGCACAAGUGCUAUAUUAACUACAGCUACUAUGCUAAUGGUGUCCCAAACUUAACCUCUUCAUCAGGGACUGUAAGGUCUAGCCAUCACACAACACAGAAGACAGUGGCCAUUGUUGUGGGAGGUGUUGCAGCUGUGGGGUUUGUAUUUGUAUGCUUGAUGUUUAUCAAGUCUCUGAUCAAGAAGCGUGGUGCCAAAUAUGGAGACUACUACUGAUUAGAAUUGUGGGUUGCUGUCAAUGAAGAUAUGAAGAUCUUUGUAUAGGCCUACAG